GUGCUGCAGGCGCUGGAGACGGCGGCGCUGGUGCUGGCGGUGGGAGCCCACGUCAGCGCCGCCCUCGCCCAGCGCCAGCAGGCGGCCGCGCUGCAGGCGCAGCAGCAGCAGCAGCAGCAGCAGCAGGCGCGGGGCGGCCGGCAGGUGUCGCAGGCCGUGCCCGCUCCGGCUGGCCCGCUGCAGGCGCCGCCGCAGCCUGGCGGCGGCCUGUGGCUGUCGGUGCCGCUGGUGGCGGCUUUGGCGCUGGGCCGCCUGCGCGCCUGGCUGGCGGCGCCCGGCAGCUCCGGCCCGUCUGGCCGCCUGGCCGAGCCCGCGGCGGCGCGCCUGGUGCGGCUGGAGGGCGUGGUGAGCCGCCAGGCGGCGGCGCUGGAGGCGGCGGCGCGCCAGCUGGACAAGCUGGGCGUGCGCAGCCGGCUGGCGGGCCGCGACCUCCGGCUGCCCAUCCAGCAGCUGCAGGCGGCGGCGGGGCAGCAGAGCGAGGUGGUGGUGGGGCUGGCGCAGCGCAUGGAGCGGUUUGAGCAGGAGAUCAGGGGCACAGAGGCGCUGGUGGAGGCGAUGCAGGGCGUGUCGGCCAAGCAGUUCCAGCUGCUGCUGCGGGUGCGGGGCGCGGGUGGGUGGGCGGCAAGGGUGAAGGGCGUGCGGGCUCGGAACGUCGAGUGCUGGCAGAGCGCUGGCGAGGUGGCCAUUGAGACCUGCUCCUUCUCCAAGUAUGCCGGCUUCACCGGCGUGCGCCUGGGCUGGACCGUGGUGCCGGAGCAGCUGCGCUACGCGGCGCCCUGCCCCUCAUCACGACCCUCUGAGCGGCUGGGAGCGGCGGCCGCGCAGCCCAGCGCCGCCGAUAGGACGAGGAGCGAGGCCAGCAGCUGCCAGCGCCUGGGCGCCGGCAGCAUCCUCGAGGCGGUGCUGGGCCAGCUGCUGUCGCUGGCGGCCCUGGUGUGCCUGUCUGGCCCCACCCAGGCCCUGGGCCUGCUGCUGGGCAUCUGCGUGACAGGCAAGCAGGGCCCCGCAGCCUAUUGCCCACGCCCUGUUGCCACAAUCACCGCCUGCCUGGGCGUGAGCGGCUGCGUGUUCCGGGACCUGAGCCAGCUGAGCGGCCACCUGGUGGGAGGCCUGCUCUGCACCGCCCUCGUGGCCGGCUACAUCGCGCAGGUGGCGCGCAUGGCCCGCGUGGACUGCGCCCUGGCUGAGCUCAACCUCAUGGACCAGCGCAUGCAGCAGGCGCUGCGGGCCACAGCAGGCUCCCGCCACGCGCUGCUGUCUGCAGUGCAGCUGCGCCUGGGAGCGCUGGACAGCACACUGCGCCUGCUGCACUCCGAUCCCGGCCUGCUGCCCGCGGCGGGCUCACCACAGCGCGCGCAGCAGGACGAGGUCCGCAAGGCGCACGCCCGGGAGCUGUGGCGGGUGACAGACGCCCAGUUUGUGGAGCACCGCCUGCGCCAGCUGCAGGACCACGGCACCAAGGUGCUGAACCAGCUGUGGGAGCACAGCGCCGAGGGAGGCAAGCUGCAGGCGCUCAAGGAAGUGGUGGGAGGGCGGCUGACAGAGGGCGACCGGCGGGAGAUGGAGGGGCGCUUCCAGGCGCUGUUCAAGAGCGUGAUGGAGAUGCAGCGCCGCCUGCGGCAGCACCUGGAGGGCGGGGUGGCGCUGGCCCCGGAGCAGUUCGAAGCGCUGGUGCGCGGCCUGGACCGCAGCAUGCGGGGCGCGGCCGCCUACGUCAGGCGAGGGGUGCCGCUGCUGCCGCUGCUGCUGCUGCUGCUGGAGAUGGAGCAGGUGCUCGGGAGGGAGGGUACGCCCCUCACCCACGCAGACUUCCUCAACCUCCUGCAUGCCCAGGACCCCGCCCAGCCCGACCGCCAGGCCCACGGCUGGGCGCUGCAGGGCGCACUGGAGGAGGCGCCUGUGGUGAAGGAGGCGCUGGCGCGGCAGCAGGCGGCCGCCGAGGCGCAGGAGCGGGGAGGGCGCGGGUAUGAGGACCUUCCGGUGCAUGGUGCUGCCGAGGCUGUGGCGGGCCGGAGGGCGCAGGUGAAGGCGGCCUGGCGCCGCAAGUGGGAUGCACUGAUGGCGCAGGCAAUCCAGGGCGCCGGCAGGCAUGCCGGCAGCGUGGGGCUUCUGGAGGACAUGCCACGCCACUGCAUGCAGGCACGCGGGCGCACUGAGCAGCGGGGCGAGCGGCUGCUGGUGCGGGCGGGGCUGCUGCUGGCGGCGCUUCAGCUGGCCUGCACGUAUGUGGUGUGGGGUGCGGCUGUGCAGCGCGCGCAGCACCAGCGGCAUCACGAGCGCUGGGAGUGA